AUGGUGCAGGGAGACGAUGAGAAAAAACGGAGGAACUUGCUGCAAACCAUUUUUGAGCAACACGCCGUUAGGAAGAGAAAGAAGGCUAAGAUCAAUCUAAGGAUAGUAUACGGAUCGGAGGGGUCCAACAGCUACAGAAAGGCGAGGGGUUUUCUAAAGGAAUUAAUACAGUUUUUCAAAGACAUAGAAAAUAUAUGUAAUGAAGUGAACAGAAUAGUAUCCGAGGAGGGAGGGAGUCAUCCCAUUUUUUUUAACGGAAGGACAAACGAAGUGGAUCAUGGGGAGAACAGAUUGAUGAGAUAUUUUAAGGAGUAUUCCAAAUUGUUACAAGGAAAGAAUGAACAAACUGCAAGGACUGGUAAAAAGGAUAAAUUCCAUACAGAGGGGGUAAUAAAUAGUGUACAUGAAGUAUUAGAAGAAUUUCAAGAGAAGGAAAAAAAAUGUAGCGAUAAAUUUGUAAACUACCUAGACUGUUGCAUAAGCAACAAUGUCUGCACAGUUAACUUUGAUUUUGUAAAUGGCAACGAGUUCAAUGAUUAUUCAUUUUUCGAACACACCACUGAAUACGAUUUAAAUGUGAUGGUAUUAUUUGUGAGUACAGCUAGCAAUGGUUCUUUCCCCCGCAAUUGCUACAAAUUUGAACAACUGCUGGAAGAUCUAUAUAAUGAUUUCCGAGUUGAAAAAAAUUUUUUAAAAAAUAUUUUUUAUACAUGCAUAGGCUUUGGAAAUAAACAGUACGGAAGUACUCACUUCUGCACACCUGUUAAGAAGUGCGACAAGUAUCUCACCUCCUUGGGUGCACAGAAAUUAUUUAAGACCUUAAAAUUGUGUGAUGAGGAAAACAACGAAGAAGUUUUCCUUGUGUGGAAAUGCACUCUAUUUAAAACAAUUAGUUUGGGUCUCCUUUUCUACUGCUUUAAUUUCCUCCACCUAGGCUCCUUCAUGCCUUAUGCAGAUAGGAAGAUUUACAAUUCUUUGCAGCACUAUUGCUUCUUUUUUUGUGGAAAGGCGGAAAAUCGGAAGGGGAAAAAGGAAAAUAUCAAAAUGGGGACAACUCACGCGGCAUCGAUUCAGGUACCACAGGAGCACGGAAAUCAAAUUCAUGAAACAGUUCAGAAAGGAGAAAGUUCUCAAGCGGGCGAUCCUCUCACGGGAAUUGUUCCCAAAGGGGAUCCUUCUACCAAGGUGUUGUGUAGCACCUGCGGAGAAGGCACAAGCGAUAGAUGCACAAGCGACAGAUGCACAAACGACGGAUACACACACCUAAAUGGUGAUGAAUGGGAAGGAAUGCCCACCACGGAAAAGAGCGAAGAUGAAAUGGUAGAAAAAAGUACACACACAUAUAAAAAAAAGGAAGAUUUGAAAAUAAGUACAUCUCUGUGUAGCAGUGGUGAGGAAUUGGAGGAUCUCGUCCCGGACAAACCGAAGGAUAUGCUUACAUGGAACCAACGAAAUAAGCUAACGAAGGAAGGGUACAAAAUUAUCGGUUCCCACAGUGCCGUCAAGUUAUGCAGAUGGACUAAAUCACAUUUGAGGGGUCGAGGAGGAUGCUACAAACAUACCUUUUAUGGAAUCAAUUCUUAUCAAUGUAUGGAAGCCACCCCAAGUUUAGCUUGUGCCAAUAAAUGCGUUUUCUGUUGGAGACAUCACAAAAACCCAGUGGGCACUCACUGGAAAUGGAAUAAAGACGACGCAGAAAUGAUAGUAGAUGAAGCACUUAAAAAACAUAAAGGUAUGAUAAAAGAAUUGAAAGGAGCACAUGGAGUUAUUAAAGAAAGGUUUGAUGAAGCAGUCAAUGUUAGACAUUGUGCCUUGUCCCUCGUAGGGGAACCAAUCAUGUAUCCAGACAUUAAUAAGUUGAUUGAUGAACUGCAUAGUAAGAAUGUUUCGACUUUCCUAGUCACGAAUGCUCAGUUCCCAAAUGAGUUGCAAAAAUUACACAAAGUAACACAACUGUACCUUUCGAUAGAUGCUCCUAAUGAAGAAGCUUUAAAGAACAUAGAUAGGCCAUUAUUUAAAGAUUUUUGGGACCGCUACAUACGGUGCAUUAAAAUUUUAAAAAAGAGAAAAGAAAGAACGGUAUUUAGAUUUACCCUAGUGAAAGAAUACAAUAUGAUGUCUGAAGAAAUUUUAAGUUAUUCUAAAUUAAUAGAAUAUGGCUACCCAGAUUUUAUUGAAAUAAAGGCUGUAACAUAUUGUGGUUCCUCCGAUGGUUAUCAACUUACCAUGAAAAACAUCCCAUGGCAUGAAGAGGUGUACCAAUUUGCCUACAGUUUAAUACACUCUAAUGGGUACCUCCCCGACGUGUACGAAAUUGCCUGUGAACAUAGACACUCUUGCAGCAUUUUAAUAGCAAAAAAGGAGUUCAAAAUAAAUGAUAAAUGGCACACUUGGAUUGAUUAUGAAAAGUUUCAAUUCUUGGUGAAGCAGAAUAAAGAUUUUACCGCUCUUGAUUACUGUGCCGAGACGCCCGCCUGGGCUGUAAUGGGAGCAGAGGAACGGGGCUUCAACCCAUGUGAUGAGAGGGUCUACACGAAGGGAAAGAAAAAAAAUAAGCCACCCAUUACAGAGAACACUUCUCAAUCAUGA